GCUUCAAACUCCCAUCAACCCUUGCGAGAUUUACUGUAGGAACCAUCUGCGUUCUGCUUGCUAACACACUGCCAGCCGGCUACAGAUACAUCAAAGUUGUCCAAAAUGUUGUGAAGACAUUGAACCCGAUGCUUCCUGUUCCUAAAUAUAGGUCACAUGCUGGAUUUGCUGACAGGCUAAGUCUCACUUCCUUUACUUUGUACGGGACAGGUCUCCUCUGGAUCACGAGAUCCUGCUAUCAUGUGCUGAAGACCAGUCUGCUGUGAUCCGGGUCUGACAGCAGCAGAGAUGAGGUCUGGGGUCGGGAGAGCUGCAGCUACCUGCCUCCUAACGCUCUGCCUCGGCUGUUUACAUGUGAUCGCCCUCAAAUCACAGCUGUUCACCAGGGUUGGUGGGUCAUCCUGCUCCACUGAGACCCCCAUCAGCUAUGAAACGUUUUAUUUUGACCAGAAGAUUGAUCAUUUCGGUUUCCUAGAGGAUGGCACCUUCAAGCAGAGAUACCUUGUGGCCAACAAACACUGGCAGAAGCCCGGAGGACCCGUUCUGUUCUACACCGGCAAUGAAGGAGACAUCACCUGGUUCUGCAACAACACUGGCUUCAUGUGGGAAAUUGCUGAGGAGUUGGGUGCCAUGCUGGUUUUUGCAGAACAUCGUUACUAUGGAGAGUCCCUGCCAUUUGGACAAGACUCUUACAGUGACAACAAGCACCUGAACUACCUGACCUCGGAGCAAGCCCUGGCAGAUUUCGCAGUGCUGAUUCAGAACCUGAAGAGCACUUUACCUGGAGCUCAACACAGCCCUGUCAUCGCUGUCGGAGGUUCCUAUGGAGGGAUGCUCGCCGCCUGGUUCAGGAUGAAAUACCCAAAUAUAGUUGUUGGAGCUCUGGCAGCAUCUGCACCAAUAUGGCAGUUUACCGAUAUAGUGCCAUGUGGAGACUUCUACAAAAUAGUCACACAGGACUUUGCCAGGAGCGGGUAUAACUGUGAUGCAAACAUCAGAAAGUCUUGGAAGGCCAUUAACAAUGUCUCUUCCACUGCUUCUGGUCUUCAGUGGCUGUCAGAAGAAUUCAGUCUAUGCACCCCUCUGAAAAACGAGAACGAUGCUUUCGGCUUCAAGAGCUGGCUUCAGGAGACUUGGGUGAAUCUGGCUAUGGUGGACUACCCCUACGAAGCUAAUUUUCUGCAGCCACUUCCUCGCUGGCCGAUCCAGGUGGUGUGCAAGUAUCUGGCUUUCGAUGCCGCUGUGUCCGACUACCAGCUGCUGCACGGCAUCUCCCAAGCAGCUAAGGUCUACUACAACUACACCGGAGGCUCCUCCUGCCUCAACACAUCUCAGACGGCAACCGGCAGCCUGGGCCUCCUCGGCUGGUUUUACCAGGCCUGCACAGAGAUGGUGAUGCCCAUGUGCACAGACGGCGUCCAGGACAUGUUUGAACCUGAGGAGUGGAACUUCAAGGCCUUCUCUGACGAGUGCAACGCCAUGUUUGGGGUCAGGCCGCGAGAGGACUGGGCAGGCGUGGUCUACGGGGGGAAAGACAUCGCCUCGCACAGCAACAUCAUCUUCAGUAACGGAGGACUCGACCCGUGGUCAUCCGGUGGAGUGACCUCCAACAUAACAGAUUCUCUGGUUUCGGUUGUGAUCCCUGACGGAGCCCAUCACUUGGACCUCCGCUACAGCAAUGAGCAUGACCCACCUUCAGUCCGCGCAGCCCGGGCGUUAGAGGUGAUGUACUUUCGAGAGUGGAUCAAGCAGGCUAAAGAGACACCCCAAACCCCUUAGUCCCUAAAAAGCAGUACAAUGUCACCCGACCCAGUUCGCCUAGCUUUAAUUUACGUGAGAGUAUUUCACAAGGUGCUCCUUGCAUCAGUCUGCCAAAGUUUGUGCCCUUUUUUUAUUAAUGUGUGGACAAUUCUUUUUUUUACAAUUGAAUGAUGACGUUUUUAUUUAAAAAUUGCAACACAACUGAUCUUAAUAACAAAGUCAUUAAUCACGUGUUUUUUAAUCAUAAGUGUUUUUUAAUCAUAAGUGUUUUUUAGACUUAAAUUUUCUUUGGCCUAAUGAGACAGAAUCCAUUUAUUUAUGCCAAACUAUACUUUUCCAAGGGCUUAGAUAGGCACUCCAUUAUGAGAAAUACAAGAGAUCGACUUGUCACUUUCUUUGUCAAUAUAUGUAAUCACAUUAUUGUCAUCGAAAGACUGAAUCAUCUUCAUUUGUGUAAGUAAUGUUAGCCAAAAACCCAUUAAGGCCUCUCUGCCUAGAAGCUUGUAUUUUGUUGUUGUCAGUCAAUGGUACAAUCAGGGAUAUGUUUAGUUAUUACCAUCUUCAAUUUCAAUUUUGUCUAUAGCUUCCUCAUUACAAUUUGACACCCCAUAGUCUUGUCGAUUAGCCAUUGUUGUCACUCAGGUGUAUUUCUUCUUUCAAAGUAAACCUUUAAUCUGAUUUUUUUUACUCUCUAAGAAGUCUCAGGAGAAAAGUUUGGCACCAAAUGUAAAAAGAAAUAAAAAAAAUGUAAGUUUUUUUUAUAUGUUCUGCACAGGGUGUAAUAUUAAACUUGACGUGUUGUUGUUCACAGUGCCUUCGUUGUUCUUUGAGUUUUCUAUUUAUGUCUUAUACCACCUUUAUUUAAUAUGCUGUCAUUCCCAAGAAACAAGUCUCACGGUGAAACCGAUUAAAAAGCUACUGAUGAUUUUGUCAUAUAAUCUUUCUAAUUGUCUUUUGAUCAUAUAAGGAUGUACUGUUGCUCUGUCAAGCCCACUCUUUGUCAUGUCUUAGAGAGAAUGGGGCUUUCAAGUUACUUCCACCUAGCAGGAACAAUUGCAUGGGCCUGAGAUUUAAUAAAAACCCAAUCGGAGGAGGCCAAUAAAGUCAGUGGUGGGAGAUUAUUGCAGCUCCGCCUGCUGACCUCUCCCCUGUGGACCAACCUGUGGGAUUCCCCCUGACACGCAUUCAUUCACAGGCUGCCAUUAAAGCUCUAAAUUGCGGCACCAAGGCAGCUCAUAGACCAGAGUUUGUUCCCCCCUGCUAGUAAUAUUAUUAAUACAACUCCUGGGGUGCCAGAGAGGUUGAGGAGGGUUGAUGGAAGGUUAAGAGUGAACCGGGAAUCGACAGGGACCAAGAAGCCUUUUGUAGUUCACCAUGAGGCCGUUUCUUUUU